GAUAGAACUGCUCUUCUUUUUCUUCUUUUCCCAUCAAUGCUGCUUAUUCUAAGAGGAUGGAUUUGGGAUGGAUGCUUGCCUGCAUUUCCAGUUCAGCUGUACCAGGCAUGGCUCUUGUUCCUAUACACUGGAUUGGCAUUGCGGGAAAACAUACUUAGAGUCAAUGGUAGUGACAUUCGUCCUUGGUGGAUAUACCAUCACUAUUGUGCUAUGAUUAUGGCCCUUGUUAGUCUUACGUGGGAGAUUAAAGGACAGCCUAAUUGUGCCCAAAAACAGAGAGGUGUACAACUCUUCCUACAGUGGGCCAUGAUGCAAGGGGUUGCAAUGCUUUUGCAAAAUAGAUAUCAGCGUCAGAGGCUUUAUACGCGGAUUGCACUUGGAAAGGCUAAGAGAAUGGAUGUCGUUUGGGGAGAAACAGCUGGUGUAGAUGGUCAACUAUGGAUACUGUGUCCUAUUCUCUUUAUCUUACAGGGCUUUGAGGCAUAUGUUGGCUUACUCCUCCUGAAGACUGCAUUGGUCGGCGUGGUUCCUGAAUGGCAGGUACUAUUUUGUGGAUUCCUUUUGGUUCUAAUGGCGAUCGGGAACUUCUCAAAUACAGUGCAAACCUUAAUGGCAAAAUCAAGAUUCAAGGCAAAGAUGAAAAGAAGCAAGAGCAAGCAGGAAUUGGCCCAGACCAGUUCUUAAUACAUAGCGUUGCUUUAAUUGACAACUUAGGAUCUAUUCUUCACCUUUCCGGGUCUUGAACAUGUUUUUCGAAGCUGAGCUGUGAGAAUUGCCUUUCCUCUUCCCCCUUUCUAUAUCUUCUUUUUGACUCAAUACACUUUUAUCAUGUAAAGUUGGUCUUGCAUAGGUCCUUCCCUGGAGAAGUUGAUGGAAGUGCAACUAAGCGCAGGACUCAUUUUCCAGUUUCCCUUGUAACAUUCUUCUUUUUUCUACUGCAGUUCAUUGCGAGCUAGUGAGUUUUUGAAAUGUCCUAUCGAAUGUCUUGUAAUUUCAGUCGAUUAUCGUAUUUAAUUGUAAUGGGAACAACGGUUCAGAUGUUUACUGUAUCAAAGCUUUUGGUAUUUUGCUC